CUCCCGCUCUUCAAUGGCUGGCAUCGAGCCACCGCCCGUGGAUUCGCCGGCCUCGCCGUCGCCGGCGUCAAUGGAGGACGCCGCCUCAGAGUGCUCCACCCACCCUUCCUUCCAGUGCUGCAUUUGCCUUGAUCUCCUCUACAAGCCGGUUGUUCUUGCAUGUGGCCAUAUGUCUUGCUUUUGGUGUGUGCAUAAGGCCAUGCAUGCUGAGCGAGUCUCCCAGUGCCCUAUUUGUCGAAAGCCUUUUUAUCAUUUUCCCAGUAUUUGCUGGUUGCUGCACUUUUUGCUACUGAAAAUUGAACCUCUGGCUUACAAAAGAAGGGAAGAGGAAGUUUUAGAGGAAGAGAAACAUUUGGACUGCUUCUCACCGCAGGUUUUGGAUCAUGUAAUUUCUGACAGAGCCUGUCUUGAGGAUGUCAAAGGAUCUUCUGAUGGUCCCAAGAUCAAUGACUUGCCAGAGAUUAAAUUCAACAGUACCACAGCCAAGCAAGUCUCUUUGGAUGAUGUAAUUUGCCCUCUAUGUAAAAAACUGCUUUUUCGACCUGUUGUCCUUAACUGUGGCCAUGUAUUUUGUGAAUCUUGUCUAUCUGGCCUAGUUGAUGGACCUCUUAAAUGUCAAGUUUGUCGAAGCCCGCAUCCUGGAGGAAUUCCUAAUGUUUGCUUGGAUUUGGAUCAUUUCUUGGAAGAACAAUUCCCAAGACAUCAUAUUACAAUGAAGGAGGGUGUGGGGCUUGAAAGGACACAAGGCCAAAAAGGGGAAUUAUCAUCUGGUGUUCCACAAGCAGAGAAACAGACACUUAAGUCAUCUUAUAAUUCAGGGGAUGGCCAGUUAUGGUUUCAAGGGGAAUCAUCAGAUGUUCAAAUUGGAGUAGGCUGUGAUUCAUGCGGAAUGUAUCCCAUCAUUGGCAAUAGGUACAGGUGCAAAGAUUGCAAGGAGAAAAUUGGCUUUGACCUAUGUGAAGCAUGCUAUAGUACCAACUCUAAAUUUCCCGGCAGAUUCAAUCAGCAGCACAGGCCAGACCACACAUUUGAGCUCGAUAACUCAAUGUUAGAGUUAUAUAAGAAGCUGAUGAGCCAAAAUCAUUUUAUUUGAUGCGCGCGCCAAUUGCUAAAUCGUGCAUACCUGUUGUGAAGAAAUACCAAGAACGGUACACUGGUGGCAUCCGAAUCCUUCCCGCAAUCUUUUCUCUUAGAUGAGCCAAAUGUAUCUCAAGAUAAGUUCCAUUAACAACUCAAAUCUCUAUUUGUGGUUGCUAUUAAUCUUCAUGUAUCUGACUAAUUCUAUGUCCUGUUGUGUCCUAUUGUGUCCUAUUGUGUCCUAUUAUGUCCUAUUAUGUCUAUAUCUUGUCUGUCAUUAAACAUCCUCUAGUUGGAAUUGCCUGCAUUCUUUUAUUGUUCUUGUUGGAAAAUCA